CCCAAUGGAUGGCAGCUGUCUUUUCCCCUCUCGCCCUGUCACUUGAGUUCCUUCCAGUGCUAGGACAGCAAACUUUUAUACAUUAAGACCUGGGAAGGGGAAACUCUUUCUCUUCCAUGGAUCUCUAAAGUGAGAUGUUGGGCAAGAAAGCUGAGUUUGUGGGGAGUGUUUGAGAUUUUUCAGAAAAAAUUAAUCUAUUUGGAAGUGGGUCGCUUCAUUCUUAGAGUAUGACAGAAAAAGAGAUUCUUGAGCCACCUGCAUCACCCACAUCUGAAGGGGGGAAAUCCACGGAAGGGCUGCAGCGGCUAAAGCAAAUUUUCCAACGCAAGCCCAAGGAAGACGAGGAUGAAGCUGCCCCAGAGGAACCACAGGCCAAUGGAGAGCUGGUCAGCCCCACGGGGGGACCUAUCUACUACAUCUAUGAGGAAGAGGAGGAGGAGGAGGAGGAAGAGCCUGAACCACCACCCGAACCAGAAAAACCCGUGAACGACAAACCUCACAAGUUCAAGGAUCAUUACUUCAAGAAGCCCAAGUUCUGCGAUGUCUGUGCCCGCAUGAUAGUCCUCAACAACAAAUACGGCCUGAGAUGCAAGAACUGCAAAACCCACAUUCAUCAUCACUGUCAAAGUUAUGUUGAAUUUCAGCGCUGCUUUGGCAAAAUUCCCCCAGGUUUCCGUCGUGCUUACAGCUCCCCGUUGUACAGUGCCCAACAACUUGCGGGAGCUAACCGAAGUGACCCCGUGUUUGACACGCUGCGGACAGGUGUUGUCAUGGCAAACAAAGAGCGCAAGAAAGGGCAGGAUGACAAAAAGAAUCCACUGGCUGCUAUGAUGGAGGAGGAAACAGAAGCACCUAAGCAAGAGGGUAACAAACCAGAAGAAGGAAACCCAGAAGGACAGAAGGCUGAGAAGAAUGCCCCUGAUGACAAGAAUAAGAAGCAGCAGCCUGGGUUCCAACAAUCACACUAUUUUAUUGCAUUGUAUCGCUUCAAAGCCUUGGAGAAGGAUGACCUGGAUUUUCAUCCUGGGGACAAAAUUGUCAUUGUGGACGACUCCAAUGAAGAAUGGUGGCGGGGCAAGAAAGUCGGAGACGUUGGGGACAAAAUUGGAUAUUUCCCACCAAACUUCAUUAUCCGAGUGCGUGCAGGGGAACGGGUACACAAGGUGAUGCGUUCCUUUGUGGGCAACAAAGAGAUUGGGCAGAUCACACUGAAAAAGGAUCAGAUUGUGGUUCAGAAAGGUGAGGAGCUGAAUGGCUACGUGAAAGUCUACACAGGCCGCAAAGUUGGGCUCUUUCCCAUUGACUUCCUGCAAGAGAUCUGAGGCCUUUGUGAUGGUUUUGUAGCCAGGGCCGAGGAAGGCCAGGUUGUUUCUUUGGAGAGAGAUUCCCAGCUGCCAAGAACUCUCUGCAGUAGAGCUGGGUUCUGCAAGUGCCUAUGGCCCAGGGCAAGAUGUCCCACCAAGCCCUUCAUCUCUAAGCAAGGAUUCAAGGAAAGGAGUACCUAAUUCUGCCAUCUGAAGGUCUUUGGAGCUCCCCUUGAAAUCUAUAGUUGGCUGGCAGAUUCCAGAAUGGGUUUAGCCAUUGUCCCUGGAUGACGUAAUCAUGGUGGUGCCAGGACACAGCCAAAGCUGUACUGCUUCCUGUCUGCAAAGGAAGUGGAUAGUGAUCGGCCAUGUUGACUGCUAGACUUGACAAAAUGGCAUUUGCUGCUGCUGCUGCUGCUGCCCCUUGCAGGUGGCACCAAGCUUGUGUGUGCAUGUGUUUAUUCAAGAGACAAUUCAAGUGACUGUCCCUUUGCUGGCAGGGGCCAGGUCUGGAUUGCUCAGUUUUUGUUAUGUUUUGCCAAUACACGUUAUCUCUCUUGGUUCCCCAAUAGCCUACCAACCUUGAUGUAAAGCAGCAAGAUUUGGGGUGGCCAUCCAAUAAAAUGGUCUAAUUGCUUGGGAGGAUUUUGAACUGCUCAGCUCCAGUUAUGUUGAAGUAAUAUACCUCUUUCAUUAUCCUCUUCAUUCUGUUUUCUUGCCAUUGUGAAAUAGAUUGUCCUGUUCCAUGAUUGUCUGGUUUCAGUUGUGCGGGAGACCUGAUGUAGAAAACUGUAGUUUUGGCAACAUGUCCUUACAUACUUUUCUUUGUACAUAGCCGUUGUCAUUGUGUCAUCUGUUGACAUGUAAUAGAGGAAAGAGUAUACUAAGUCACCAAUAGCUUGACCGUGGUAAAAUGAGACAGCACUCUUUGCUUCUGGACUUUGAGACAGCUCAGGAGGGCUUGGAAUCCAUGUUGCAAGGAGAUUUUUGGAUGUUAGGAGGGUGAGGCAACAGAAGGUCCACCAGUGAGAUCCUCACAUCCUCUCUCUGUGCUUCUGGAGCAAUAUCUAAAAGUGGCCAUUUGUAUAUCUCUCCUAUGCAAAGAUAUAUGAGUGGCAUGGGCACCUGGAAAUCAUGGCUUUCUUGGUGAGGGAGAAGUAUGAAAAUAAGUUCUGUCCACUCAUACUUGUAAUAUUUGAAGCUAUCUCACUAGGAGCCCAACUGUAAACACCAUAGGUGAUUAGGAGAAAUACUAUUCUUCUCACUUCCUAGAUUAUUGGAGGGCAACUGAUGGUUGUAGUGGUGAUGCUACAGAAGACAGUCUGUGCCAAGAUAUUGCCAGGGUUCAGAGUUGCUGAGAGGGUUUACUUGGUAGAUAGGGUUUCUGUGUGGAGGUGGCACAUGGCUCAACAUACUGUAACACCCUAACUUGACAUAAGCCCUCCCCACCAUUUGUGAAUGCUUGCAGUGUUAUUCCACAUGCCCUUAUGCACACUUGUUGUAUGCAGGGCUUUGCUUUCACCUUUGCCCACGAAGACACUUGUGUUUGUUUUCAUGAGGAUCCAGUAAGUCUGAAGACCACAGUGCCCAUGGCUCAUUGGCUAUCAGCUAAUAACACUCACCAGAGCAUGUUUAAGACACUAGAAUGCCCCAGAUCAUGCUUAGCUAUCGCCUGAUUUCUGUGUACAUACAUACACACACCACACUUGGUAGUAGUUCUCUUCCCAAUGUGGGAAGCUCAGAGGUCAACAAGAUAGCAGCAGUUGUCCCCAGUUUCUUCUUGUACACUGUCAUCUGAGGAAGUAGAAUAGACCAAGUCUACAAAAGCUUAUGCUACUACUUCCUUUGCUCAGUUAGCCCCAAAGGUGCUACUAGAUCCCUUUGCAUAUUGAUAUUCUAGACUAACACAGCUAUGUCUCCCAACACUGUCAUCCUGUUAGCCUGGUCUUCAUAGGUGUCUAUGAGCUUCUUCUGCUUCCAAGAAUUCAGAGGGUUUUAGAGUUCCCUGGUUAUUGCCAGACUGUAAAUAAACCAGCCCACUCUUCAGGUCCUUGGAUCCAUUUCUUCUCAGUCCCCUUUCCAUUGUUGUGACCUGUUUUCCUUGCCUAUCAUGGAAGGUUUAGCUCCAAAUACUUUAGGUAAAGGUAGGAGAAGUGUUUUGCUCAUGUUGAUAUGUGCCCACAGGAGGGUGCUGUCAUAUCCAUAAGAGUGUGCUCUGGGGAUAUGUGGCCUCUUCUGAAGUAUUACCUGUUUCAGUGCUACCCCUGCCCAAAUUCCAUGCCGUGCUCAUAUAGAGUGCUGGGUAAUUUUCUGUUACAGAGUUGGGUGUCCAGUCUAGCUAAGCAAAUUUCCCUUGUACUCUGAUACAGUCCUUAUCCACUCUUAAUGCAUAAGUGCAGGAAUAGGUGAAACAUUGCUCAUUCUAGGACUUGAACUCAUGGCUUGCCUGUUGCUAUUCCCAUACUCCAUUUUUUUUUUACUUCAAGGAAAUAAGGAAUACUGAGGUAGUAUAAACAGGAGCGCUUUGGAUGGAGUUGGUUACAAGCUGAGAAUAAUCAGAACUGUUAUCCACUUGUCAGUGAGUGAGAGACAGGCCUGUAGGGUGAAGCAAGAACAACUGCAUUCCCAAGGCAAAACUCAAAAUAUAUCCAUAAGCAUCAAGAGAGAAUUAUUUAGAGAAAACAGGAGAAAUAAAGUCAGGCAUGUAAGGGAAGAUACACCCAAAUCUGCUGAAGUUUUGAUGUGAAAGGCUAGAGAACAAAAUAGAUAGGUUUAUAUAAGAGAGUCACGUGAACAUCUAAACAUGUACACAAUGUGAACACCCCACUGAACCAAAGUACAGAUCAACAAUCUGGAUGCACUGUGGAAUGUUAUGUGUGAAUAACAUUACUAGUCUACAGUGGGCUUUUGGGAUCUGCUGGGGUUUGAUUCCAGGACCCCUCAUGGAUACCAAAAUCCAUGGAUGCUCAAGUCCCAUGAAAUACCAUGGCAUAGUGAAAUGAUGCCCCUUAUAUAAAAAAAAAAGAGUAAAAAGAUUUACUUUUGGGAUUUAGAUUUUUUAAAAAUAUUAUCAAGCCAUGGAUGAUUGAAUCCAUGGAUAAAAAAAUACAUGGAUACACAGGGCCAACUGUACAGAUGAAGAAUUUGUGUACACAUGUACAAAGCUUGUACCUGUGCUGAAUGUACCAUGUAAUAUUCAUAUUUAGCAAGGAUAUUAAUCCCAUUUCAGAUAGAUGGAAGUACUCUUGCAAGUGAGGCCUAGGGAGCCAUACACUUAAAAUAAUGUCUCCACCUGGAGCACUUGGCAGUUGCACUUAGACACAUGGGGGAAAGGGUCAGAAGGAGAACAAAGGAGGGCAAUUUACUCCUAGGUGUUUGGCCUCUUUAACAGAAGGAUUUCCUGUUAGUUUUCAUCUCCUGCCCUGCUGUAAACUUAUGCAAAGUUUGAGCUGGUUGGUUGUGUCUUGGCUGCUUUUUAACUUUGCCUAAGGAGCUCAGGUCUGAGUCACAUGUGGGCAAAGUGGAGGAGAAGUUGGCAAAUAGGGUUAAUUUGCACUUCUUAAGAGAUGUGUGCAGGAAGUGUUUGCAUAGUCCUCUGAUCAGAUGAGAUGGCUUGAGCAAAGAAAACAUGUGCAAGUAGGGUGUUAGAAAUAGCCUUGACUUUACACCUCCAAGUGCCUGUCUACCUUUUCAGUACUGCAUCUGUGGGUUGAAUGGUGUGAUGGGAAAAUUGACAGUUAAAAUGGAGUUAGGUCGGCUAAGGCAAUACAUGCUGAGCAGACUUUUUUUUUUUUUUUGCCUCUAAUCCAAGUAUAACCCAGUGUAUGCUGCCUCAUACCCGUCUCUUUGAAUCUGAAGGUCUGCAUUAUGGUAAUAAGAAUGAGCAGGUGAUGAGGCACUAUUCAGUUUCUUUGGCUGUGAACAUAUUUGAAAGAAUUGCCCAAGGACAUAUGCCUAUAAAAAGCUAAGGAUAUAAUUCAAUUGUCUCUGUCUGCUGUUGCCCCACAAAAGUGGGGGAUUUGGUAUCUGAUGCAGAAUUUAGCAUCUUAAGACUCCCAUUUUUGUUUUGUUUUUGAAUAAGAACAUCUCUAAUCCACAAACCAGUGGCGAUAAACUUGAAAAAAUGUGUAGUCAUUUAGUGGAAUUUGAAACUGGGAUAGGACUGAGCAGGAAUACCAGCUGUCAUGGCAUGGCACGGGUUGUCAGUAUGCUUACUUGCUAGGAGCAGAAUAAAAUAAAUGAAAGCAGUACACAAAUGCAGAGAUCUGUAUAUUUCAUCCAGGUCACAGAAUCUAUUUUUUCUUUGAUGCAGAAUUUGGAUUGUACAGGCAGUUAAAUACACAUAAUCCUGGGGUAAAUACGCAGACAGUGGACCCUUGUUAUACGCUGAGGGUUGGUUCCAAGUUCCCCCGUGGAUAACAAAAUCCGUGGAUGCUCAAGUCCCAUUGAAUAUAAUGACAUAGCAAAAUGGUGUCCCUUAUAAAAAAUGGAAAAUCAAGGUUUGAUAUUUGAAAUUUAUACUUUUUUGGAACAUUUUCGAACUGUGGAUGCUUGAAUCCGUGUAUAAAAAAUCUGUGUAUAAGAAGGGCUGACUGUAGUCUCACAUAUACAGGUUGGAGUCCUAGAGCCUUUUAAGUUGUGAGGUUCCACGCAAUGUUUGUGAAUUUGUCAGAGCUCAGUAAUAGCUAAUUAUAAACAACAUGUUACUCAUUAUUUUUUCAAUAAAUAACUAAGUUAACAGGU